UAACACUUAAGAAGAAUGAAGGUAUGGCAACUGAUCAUCACAGGAGUUGUGGUACACUUAGUAUUUUUUUAUUCCAUUUUUGAUAUCUACUUUACCUCACCAUUAGUCCAUGGCAUGACGCCUCUUUCUUCUGGAACAUCGGUGCCAGCUAAACGAUUGGUUCUCUUUGUAGCAGAUGGAUUGCGAGCAGACAAAUUUUUUGAAGCAGAUAAAUUUCAGAAAAGCAGAGCUCUUUAUUUAAGGUUUUUAUAUUUUUGUUAAAGACAAGUUAAGUUUUUUCCAACCUAAUCCAUGUUUCCAGCCAUGUAAUUCCAUAAAUUAACAAUAAACAUGGAGAUACAAGCAAGAAAUAAAAGCAGUAUGAAAAUUAUAAUAAAAAAUUAGCGAUACUCAUGUUCUUCAGUCUUAGUAAAUAGGUGAACAGUUAAAACUUUACUUCCAGUUUUGGGAAAUAGGUAGUGGAGGUUGUAUAAUUAUUUUUUGAAUGCUGUUCAAUUCAAUUUUGGGGAAUGGCUUUGUGGUUAUCAGUGGACUAACUUAUAUUUUUACUCAUUUUUAAAAACAGAAAUGUAAUUGAGAAGCAUGGUGUUUGGGGCAUUUCCCACACAAGAGUGCCGACAGAAUCACGACCAGGGCAUGUAGCCCUUAUAGCUGGAUUUUAUGAAGAUGUCAGUGCUGUUGCUAAAGGUUUUGUAUCCUUUUUAGAGGAAAAAUAUCAAAAUAAGUAAAUAUAGCUUUAGAAAAUAACUUGAAUAAUCAAGAUGUAUGGUGCACAUCUUAUAUAGUUAUAUAGAAAAUGUAUUUAUACAAAUUCUGGUAAUAAAGUUAUUUAUCCCAUCAGUCACUUGAUCCUGCUUUAUAAUUAUUUGUAUUAAAAUUUAUACUUGAUCUCUAUCAUCUAAAUGAAUGCAACAUGGAAAUUUAAUUUUAAGGUUGGAAAGAAAACCCAGUAGAAUUUGACUCUGUUUUUAAUGAAAGUCGUAAAACAUGGUCUUGGGGCAGUCCGGAUAUUCUUCCAAUGUUUGCUAAAGGUAACUCUAUUAAUUAUACUAUAAACUGGUUAUAAUAUCUUUUUUUAUAUCAAGUUUCUAGCAAUAAGUACAAGGUAAUUUUGAUAAAUGUUCAUUAUGUACCCAAUAUUGCAUUUACAAAGUUUCAUAUCAAACUGCAGAAACAUUUUUAAAAUAAAUAUUUGAACCAUUUAAGCAAAAAAAUAAUUGGGGAACAAUGUAUUCAAAUUUAGUAAUAUUUUUGAGCUAAGUUCCUGUACUUAGAUAUGUUGAGCUGAAUGACUUUGUUCAGGUUAUGGAAUUGCUGAACAUUUUAUUUGAUUAAAAUCUGAUCCUAAUAUUUUGAGUCAUGAAUGUAUUGCAUUGCGGCUUCAUGCAAAUGUGUCUUCUAUCAGGGGCAAGUGGGGACCAUGUGAGCAUUAAUUGUUAUUCUUCUAAUUUGGAGAAUUUUGCUGGUUCUGAUAUGACACGACUGGAUACCUGGGUCUUUGAAAAAGUUACAGUAUGUAGAGUGAUGAAAGAUCACAUUUAUUAAUAAUGCAUUCAUUAUUUUGGUCAGUGCAAUCUGACAUUUGCAAUCCUAUCUGACCUCUGCCAUCCUAUCUAACCUCUGCCAUCUUAGCUGGCCUUUGAAUCCUAACUAACCUCUGCCAUCCUAUCUGGCCUUUGAAUCCUAUCUAACCUCUGCCAUCCUAUCUGGCCUCUGCCAUCCUAUCUGACCGCUGCCUCUGCCAUCCUAUCUGACCUCUGCCAUCCUAUCUGACCUCUGCCAUCCUACCUGACCUCUGCCAUGCUAUCUGACCUCUGCUAUCCUGUCUGGCCUUUGAAUCCUAUCUAACCUCUGCCAUCCUAUCUGACCUCUGCCAUCCUAUCUAACUUCUAUCAUCCUAUCUGACCUGUGCCAUCCUAUUUUACCUCUGGAGAGAUGGAAAGUCUCAACAGAAAAUUUUCUUUAUAGAUAAAGUAAAAACAAAUAAUUUAAAUUCCAAAUAGUCACGUUGGUCCUAAUAGUACUCUUUAUAAACCCAGGCUGGACAACCCCAAAUGAUUCCAUUUAUAAAUUUAUGCUAUUUUAAGUAAGUUCAAUUUUUCUGCAGUUACCCAAAAAAAAACAACAAAAAAAAACACAAAAAACCUUGAACAGAGCACCACAAACAAAAAUGUACUGGUUUAAGGUCUAAUUAUUAUUUUUACUUCAUAAUUCUUAAUAAAAUUUCAGCUAUUCUUCAACUCUGCAUCAAACAAUUCCACUUUGAUGAAACUCUUACAUGCUGACAAGUUGGUGUUUUUUUUGCAUCUCCUGGGUAUUGACACACAUGGCCAUACUCAUAAGCCACAUUCAUGGUAAGAUUAGUAAUACCCACAGAAGUUAUAUUACAUUAGGACAUACAUGUUUAAAUGAUGUACCAACUGACGUUAACUUACAUUAGGCUGCUUACAUGUUUAGAUGAUGUACCACCUGAAGUUAAUUUCAGGCUGAUUAAAUGUCAAGAUGAUUAUGAUGAUUACAUGUCUAGAUAAUGAUGAUGUCUCUAUAUUUGUUCCAAUGUUCUAUUCCAGGGCCUAUUCAUAUAAUAUUGAAUUGGUAGAUGCUGGUAUAAAACAAAUGGUGUCUCUCAUAGAAAAUUUCUAUAACAAUGACAUGAAAACAUCGUAUGUCAUGACAUCAGAUCAUGGCAUGACAGACUGGGGUAAGUUAUAAGUUUGCAUUUUGAGCUUAUCAACAUUUAUCUAUGGAUAGGUCUAAAUUUAUUUUGACUUUUCAUCCCCAUAACUUUAAAGCUCGUUUUCUGGUUCUGAAAAACCGCUCAAUUCUUAUGGCAGACCCGGUCACCAAUGAGAUUUUCAGAAAACCUCCUCUUUUCGCUUUCCGGAGGGACAAGAGCCGUGGGGACAUGCUAGUCAGAAGCCACCUCCCCACUAUCAAAGCACAUAAAGGCACCAAAACUUGCAACCGUAGCCGUUGCAACACAUGUCCCUAUCUGAUUGAGGUUGACAAGAUCACUUUCCCUCUAGAAUUAUUCAAAAUAAAAGAUGGCUUUACCUGCACAAGUCACAAUGUGAUUUACACCAUCAUUUGCAAAAAGUGCGGUAAAGUAUAUGUAGGAGAGACAGAUCGUCGCCUUGGAGACCCGUUUAGAGAACACCUCUAUAACAUAAAUAAGCAAGCUCUCUGUCCGGUCUCCAAACAUUUCAAUAGCCCUAACCAUGAUGGUAUCUCAGACAUCGCUGUCACUGGUAUAAUUUAUACUAGUAGCACAACAGAUAGAAUCUAUAUGGAGAAUAAAUUAAUAACACGAUUUGGUACGUUGUCUCCAUAUGGAAAAAAAACAAAUCCCCAAUUUUGCCUAGCUGCCAUGUCUCUUUUCCUGUUUGGUUUUUACAAUCUUGCUCAAAUCCCUUCCUUUACACUUUACUUUAGUUUGCUUCUGUCUGUUUUUUUUGCCCACUCCAAUUUUUUCUCCCCCUUUUUUAAGUAGGAUAUCUGUAUAUAUAUUAUGUAAAUUUAAAUUAUACUUAUUUGUCUUUUUGUUUUACUGAUGAAGACAUGUGCCGAAAUGUAUACUUUUGUAUUCUGUAAAAUUAUCAUUAAAGCUUACCUUAUAUUGUUAUAUUGACACAAAUUGUUGUUGUCUAAUUAAUUUAUUUUAAAGCUUUAUCGCAGUCCAACACUUUUUAUAAUUAGUUUAUCAACAUUUAGUUGUUGUUUUUUACUCCCACUCAACCUCAGACCAAUCAAAUUUACUCACAACUGAGCCAGAUUCCUCCACCCAUUUAGUUUAACAGACUUCAAAUCCUCUAUUUUAUCACUUGUGCACAUCUGACAUCCUCUAUUUUAUUAGUUGUUCACAGCUCACGUAUUCUACUUUAUAAGUAUGUGAUAAUAUUUUUGACUACUGGUGCUUCACAGAAGUCUAAGUAAGAAAUUGUUAUGUCUGCUGUGCAUGCUAUAACUUUAUGGAGCACUGGUAUAGCAUAUCUAACACAUUUCAGAUGUCAUGUUAUAUGUUAUCAACAGCUUUCUUCCGUUGCAGGCUCCCAUGGGGCGGGUCAUCCACAUGAGACCCUGACGCCAUUUGUUGCGUGGGGUGCUGGCAUCAGGCCACCUAUAUCAACCAGUGACUGUGGGGGGACUUAUAAAGAUUCAUUUUGUUCAGGUAGGACCACUUUACUCUCUCUGUACAGUUUGCUGUAAAGCUUAGAAUUUAAAAUGUUCUAUUCCAAAGUCCUUAAAGUUUAUUCUAAAGCUUGCAAUUCAAAAUGCUUCCUUCCAUAGUCCUUACAGUUUUUUCUAAAGCUUUCAAUUUAAAAAUUUUGAUUUCUUUUUCCAAUGGAGAAGUAACACAUGACCUUUCAAAACAAAAAUUUGCCAAAUAAAUGUAAAUAAUUUCAAUAAAAUAACUCAUUAAAUACUGAGCCAUAAGAUAAAUUACUGAGCCAUAAGAUAAAUAUCUGAGCAAUAAGAUAAAUUACUGAGCCCUAAGAUAAAUUACUGAGCCAUAAGAUCAAUAUCUGAGCCAUAAGAUAAAUUACUGAGCCAUAAGAUAAAUUACUAAGCCAUAAGAUAAAUUACUGAGCCAUAAGAAGGCAAACAAAUGAGGUUAAAACACAUCUAUAAAAUUAAAUCAUUUCUUGACUAUCUCCCCAAUAACAGAGUGGAACCUUGACACAGUGAAGAGAACAGACAUAGAACAGGUAGGACAAUCCACACCCAAGCAUCCUCAACCUUUAAUAUGAUUAUUGCAAGGGGGAGAUUUUCAAUGUCAUUGAUCAUGCUUGAAUGUUUUGUGUGUUCCACACAUUUAAUAUAGGACUUGCAGUUUCAAUCCCAUGCCAGUUUGGCUGCUGUUUUUGGGUGUUUUCCAUGGGGCUUUCCUCUUCCCUAAUGAUAACUGCUUUGGUUUGGUUUGAGUGAUUCCCAGCUCAUUUGAACUAGAUGACUGGUUAUGAGGUUUCCCUUCUACUUCAGUAUUAAAAAAAAUAAUAUUAGCAUUGAUGAUUUUGAAAGAUAUUCUGAUUUACAAUUUCCCAGGCUGAUAUUUCUCCUUUGAUGUCCUACUUGAUUGGUGUUCCUUUUCCUGUUAACUCAGUGGUAAGAUUUAUGUAGGUCAUGUCAAGUUGUUUAGGGAAUGUGCUGGAAAUUAAAUAAAUAGAUAAGUCAAAUUUUAAAAUCAGAAACUUGAUUCAGAAAAGUAUUAAUUUUGCUUUUUUCUGUUUUCCUUUAUUAUGUCAUUGUCGGAAACUUUAGCAUUUAAAUAUAAAGAAAGGAAUUUUAAUGGAUUUGAAGAUUGUUUGAUUGUGGACUGACUCUCUGCAGGGUACCUUACCAAUAGAUGUUCUGAGUGCACCAGAAGAUGAAAAAGCAGAAGCUUUACUGGCAAAUGCUGAGCAGAUUUUAGCCCAAUUUCAGGUAAUUUUUUUUUUUUUUAAAUUAAAUAAAAAUCAUUUGCUUUAGUUUCUAGCCACACAACAUCAUAGAGAAAAAAAAUUACCCUGAUUUGUUUUUAUUUUUGAAGAGAAUACUUACAAAUAAAAAUUAAUCAAGAGUUCUUGGAAUGGCAAUUUACAGGGAAUUAAGAAUUAACUAGUUAUAGCCCGCUAAACAUUGGUGACGGCAAUGCGCCAACUUCCCAUCUACUAAAGUUACUUGACAAAACAUGAACUCAAGUAUCGCACAUAUAUGUAAUUACCCCCCCCCCCCCCCCAUGACAUGUUACUGCACACUUUUUUUUUCACGCCCAUGAACUAUGUUAAAUAUUCUGAUGUCCCAAACAAUUUUAAACUGAAUUUUUUUUUUACAAAAUACUUAAAUUUAGGCGAUUUCAUUUAUAGAAAAAUAUUACGCACCAAACGAAGUUGCGUUAUUAAAAAAAAUAUAAAUGAUUUAGCGUAGUUAUCGGGAAUUAUAUUUUGUGCGCUAGUGAACUCAUUAUCUAUAUAUUGCCUGAAUGGUGGUGGUGGUGUUCGACCUUUGCUGGCGAAUUAUAUAUAUAGAUUUUUGGAAAGUUGAGAUAGAAAAGAUAAUUUUGAAGAUCUGUUUCUUCAGGUUAAGAUGAAUCAAAUUAAAGAAAGAACUAUUUCAGCAACUUUCAGACCUUUCCAGUAA